UUAAAAUUUAAAUAUUUUGCUUUGUUUCAAUGUAUAGUGCAAGCUAUUGUCGACAAGUUGGCAAGCCUUCAGGGUUCUUGUUUAAUCUUGUAAGGAUUUUUGUGAGCUUGUUAUGAAUACGUAUGAAAUUUACUUGCACAAAUAUUUUUAUGGCACCAUACAGGAUGCCGUGCCGUUUAUACCUGUUCCUACUCCUCUACUGUUAUCUGUCAGUUAUACAUUUAUGAACACCAAUAUAAGAACAUACAUAAAAGGUUUGAAGAAAAGUCUUUAUUGUCUAUUCCUCAUAACAGCACUUGUGCUUUAAAAUCGCUAUAACGUUACUGCGAUGAAUGGCUACCAACCUAACAUUAUCAAAAUUAAAAUAGUUUCAAUCUAAGUGCAUUGCUGCCAACUUACAAAUUAAUCAUUUGGUUGCAUAGUAGAAACUAUUGCUUCAUAAAUAAGUCAGAAACACGCAUGUGACAUCCGUAAUAUAGCAACACCCAUAGACUACGAAGACGCUGCUUGUUAGUCUCCAUAGGCUACUGUGGCCAAAAUUGAGAAAAAAAUAGCCAAAAAUUUAAUUUAGUAGAGAGCAAUUACCAGGGUCUCAUGAGUUACGAGAACCAGACUUAAACCAGAUCCGCACUUAUCCUAACAUACCUUACAGAAGAUUACACUUAUACAGAAAAUUUUGUAGGUAGAAAUUCCUAGCCUAAUCUAAUUUGAUCAACAAGUACACUCACUCUUAAACAACUCGGAGAGAUGUUAGCUCACCCGUUUAUUAUUUAAUUAUUAAUAUGCUGAUAUCUGGCUGGUAUAUAUAAUUAUUCUAACUUCCACGUGUACACACAUGUAGAAAAUAAAAUCCAAGAUUUAUUCGUGUUAUCUAAUUAGCUAUAAUGAUAUCAAUGUAGGAAAUAAGAGACGCCUAAUUAAUAAAAUACGUUUGCUUAAUUAUUCGUUACGCCUUCAAAGGCCAAGAGCAUUAGGAGGGACAAAAACGUUGCGGAGUCAUUAACAACGAAUUUUCUAUAACGUGACGCGAAAAUUCAUGAUACCUUCUCGUACUCGUUAAGGUACUAGUCGCGUAAGUCUCAGUACGAUUUUAGCAUUAUUCAAUCUUAAACCAUCUUAUUAAAUUAGAAAAUUUGAAUUCGUACUCAAUUUGAAUUAGUAAGUUCCUAGUUUUGAGAGGAAUGUAAACUCAAAUAAAAAGGGUACAAUGCCUCAAGGGCCUAUUUUAGAUAUAAGCUAGUUAUAGUAAUCAUCUGUAUAUAUCCAUUAUGUAUAUUGUUAUUGUCAAUAAAUACAAUUCCAAUAAGAAGCUCACUCAAGUACUGAAAACUUAUAGGAUUACAUUAAUAUUUUUAUUUAUUUUGCCAUAGGAUGGGAUUGGGAUGUUUUUAUUUUGCCAUAACUUGUUUCACACAGCGAUUUAAGAUUUCCCGCCAUACAAAAAGUUUUAGAAUAUGAAAAACCCUUUCAAAGUCAAAGUCAAAUCUUUCAAAUGACAUAUGGCUUGUCAUUAUUGGUUUUUAGGCCAGAUUCCAUAUGAAUCUGGGCAUCCUUUGCAUAUUAUCCACAAGAGAGGCAAAGUAAUUUGAUGCAUUUUAAGUUAUUUCCUCAUUUUGCUAGUAGUUUUUUUUAAAUACAUAAUUUACUAAAAAAAAUAUUAUACACUGGUAACUCUAUAGACAAAAAAGUGUAAUGAGAGAAGACUGUCUUUUAAUAAUUGACUUCUGAUUGAUGAUUUUAAAUGACAAAUUUUGAUAACGUAUUUGAUACGUAAUGAAUUACAGUUAGUAUUUUCCUUGAGUUGGUGUAGUGAUAAAAAUUGAAUUUCACUCGGGAGCACAGUUUGUUGAACCCCUUGCCUUGAAACCCUCGCAACGCUCAAGAUUCCACAUUUUGAACCAGUCGCCAUGCUCAUGUUAGGACGAGGGGUUAAGCAACAACUUUGUCCCAUUUAAAAUCAAACAACUAUUAAGAUUAAAUUAGGUAAGUAGGUAUUUGAUAUCAAAUAAAUCUAAUAAUUUAUCGCGCUAAAUUGUUGCUGCGAAUAUAAUUGAUCAUCCCGAUUUUAUUAUUAAACUUUCAAACUAACAGGGUCCUUAUUAGACUGACAAAUAAAUAAAAAUGACUGCUUUUAAAAACGAUGUUCAAUGAAAGAAAAAUUGAAUAUCUACAUGCUCAUAUUGUUUAUGUUGACCUAAAUAUCUAGUGCAUUAAAGUUAUCAAUACUCGCUGGACUUAAUUUAACUUUAAACGGUACUGUAAGUAACUUUCGUUGUCAGAGAUAAUUAUCAUGGUAAUAGGUAUUAAUUCUUUCAGCCAUUCAUUCAGAGACUUGUACGAGCAUUUAGCAAAAGCAUUUUGUGAUAUAAACGGGUUCUAUGUGCAAGCAACAAUGCUAAAAAUAAUAUGUUUAUUAAGUAUCGGCGUUAAUGCAAAAGUUAACCCCCACGGUCCUACUGUGGUUAGUGAUUUCUCUAGUUGUGUUAGUGAAAUAAUUGACAAAAACUUUGCCCAAUCUGGACUUCUCUUUUUCGUGGACACUUUUAACGUGAGCACACCUGUAGCUGGAAUAAGAAAUGGUAUCAUUAAAUCUGUGCAUAAAAAAUUAAAAUACUCCGUAAAAAUUGCUAUACCUACAAAGAAAGAUAAAGGGAUAUGCGUAAACAAUGACAAAACAGCCAUAGAAAUCAGUGUUAAAUCGCGCAUGGAUCAUUUUGAAGCUACAUCUCUAGCUGAUUACUUCAUUUUAAUCAUAGAAGACUAUAAGGACUUCAGUUAUAUCGCAAGUAGACUUAUUAGAGCUAUAAGUUGGAAUCCAAGAGCCUUAUUCAUUUUGGUAUAUUUCUCAAUAUCCAAUUCUGACGAUCAAAACAUCAGACAUGCCGAAGACAUGCUAUUUUGCCUUUUUAAAGUUAAUGUAAUAAAUGCCGUUGUGAUUAUACCAGAAGUUAAUAAUGUCCGGAGGGCAAAUAUUUAUAGUUGGCGGCCUUAUGCACCGCCAAAAUAUUGUGGACACUACAAUGAAUCAAUAAGAAAUAGACUGAUCGUGGAAAACGUCUGCGAACGUGGCAAAAUAAAAUACGCAAAAAAGAUUUUCGAAUCAAAAAUUCCAAGUGACAUGAUGGGGUGCAGUUUGAAAGUCCUUGCUCUAGAACGACAGCCCUUUAUAAGUCAUAAUCCUUUGGAUCCUAAUAUUGAAAGUUUAUUGAUUAAUCAGGUAGCAAAACGUUACAAUCUUUCUUUACGUUACGAAAUCCUGAAUUCAUUUCGCGGAGAGAAGUUAUUUGAUGGAGACUGGACCGGAGCUCUGAAAGAACUGACUUACAAAAAAGGUCACCUACUUUUAGGAGGCAUUUUUCCCGACGACGAAGUUCAUGAAGAUUUUGAGUGCAGUUCUAAUUACUUAGCCGAUUCCUACACCUGGGUUGUUCCACGAGCGUUACCUAAACCAGCCUGGCUAGCCCUUUUUGUGAUAUUUCAAAAAACUGUAUGGUUGACAGUUAUAACUUGUUUUGUCUUUAUUGCUUUAAGUUGGAUGGUGCUGGCUAAACUAAGCAAGGAUCCAACUUACAGAACCAAUCUGGACCAUUAUUUUAUUAACACGUGGCUCAGUAAUUUGGGCUUUUGUGCAUUUUCACGACCAAUUACAAAUAGUUUGCGUUUAUUUUUUGUCUUUAUAAACAUUUAUUGCAUUUUAUUACUAACUGCUUAUCAAACGAAAUUAAUUGAUGUCUUAACAAACCCAAGUUUCGAAUAUCAGAUAUCAACCGUCGAGGAAUUGGUUGAAAGUGGCUUAAAAUUUGGCGGUUCUGAAGAAUUGCAUGAUAUUUUUGAGAAUUCAACUGAUUCUAUUGAUAAUUAUUUUUUGGACGGGUGGAUCGAUAUUGCCGAUAUAAGGGAUGCCCUGAGAGAUGUGGCAAUCCACCGGAACUUCUCUCUCAUGUGCAGUCGCUUGGAACUGGCGUAUGUGUCAGCUAUAAUACCGGAGCUGAGUGAUCAAUUUGGAAAGUAUAUGUAUUAUGCUUUCCCAACGAACGUCUUUACUGUCCCUUUGGAAGCUGUAUCUAUGAAAGGUUUUCCAUUUAUGAAAGAAUUUUCUAGAACUUUAACACAUUUUGAACAGCAUGGCGUUAAUAACGGAGUGAUAGUAUACUUUGGUGGUUAUUUGUUAAGGCAGCGAGCUCUACUCUUGAACAAAUUUAAAAUAGAACACAACAGUAGAGACCCUCUAUCCAUUCAAACUCUACAAGGUGGAUAUUUAGCCCUUAUGUUUGGAUCCGUAUGUGGUACAUUUGUAUUCAUAGUGGAAAUUAUACUUAAUACAAAAUUUGUAAAAAAACUUAAAAUUCUAUAA